GGCAUCGUCCUCCCAGACGCCUCUGCGCGCCGGGCCCCUUGGCAUCGUCCUCCCAGACGCCUUUGCGCGCCGUGCCCCUUGGCAUUUUCCUCCCAGACGCCUUUGCGCGGCGGGCCCAUGGCCGGGCUGACCCUGUUCGUGGGCCGCCUGCCCGCCAAGGCCCGCGGCCCGCAGCUGGAGCAGCUGUUCAGCCAGGUGGGCCCGGUCAAGCAGUGCUUCGUCGUGACCCACAAAGGUAGCAAGACAUGUCGAGGCUUUGGCUACGUCACCUUCUCCAUGCUGGAAGAUGCCCAGCGGGCCCUCAAGGAAGUCACAACCUUCGAAGGCUGCAAGAUCAACGUGACUGUGGCCAAGAGGAAACAAAGAGACAAAAGAAAGAAAGAGAAGGGGGAUUGUGCAGCAUCCCGACAGGAAGAGACAAAACCAGAGCUUAAGCCCAAAAAGGUGAAAGUGGCCGACAAGAAAGCCAGACUCAUCAUCCGGAACCUGAGUUUUAAGUGCUCAGAGGAUGACCUGAAGGCCUCAUUUGCGCAGUUCGGAGCUGUCUUGGAGGUGAACAUCCCCAAGAAACCAGAUGGGAAGAUGCGGGGAUUUGCUUUUGUUCAGUUCAAGAAUCUUUUGGAAGCAGGGAAGGCUCUGAAAGGCAUGAACAUGAAAGAGAUCAAAGGGCGGACAGUGGCUGUGGACUGGGCAGUGGCCAAGGAUAAAUACAGCGCAACCCAGGCCGCUCCUGCUUCAGGACAGGGGAGCGAGAACCCCCCACUUCCCAAACAGGAGGAAGCAGCUGAAGAGGUUGGCAUUCACGAGGACCAUGAAGGGGAGGAGGAGGAAGAUGAUGAAGAUGAGGAAGAGGACACAGAAUCCCAAACAACCAAGCCAAGCGGAUCCCAGAGGAGGCCUGUGAAGAGAGCAGCAGCUGUCAGUGCAGACAGCAGUGAUGAAGAGGAGUCCGAGGAGGAGGGUGACUCAGAAGAGGAAGAUGAUAGUGAGGAUGGAGACCUGGAACAGGAAGGAACAGACUCGGAUGGAGAAGAUGAAGAUGCAGAUGCUCCCAAGAAGAAGAAGCGGAAGCUACCGUCGGACGUGAACGAGGGGAAAACUGUUUUCAUCAGGAACCUGUCCUUUGACUCAGAGGAGGAAGAUCUCGGGGAGCUGCUGCAGCAGUUUGGGGAACUGAAGUACGUCCGUGUGGUUUUGCACCACGAUACCGAGCACUCUAAAGGCUGUGCUUUUGCCCAGUUCUUUACUCAAGAAGCCACCCAGAAAUGCCUGGAAGCUGCCAGGGAGGAUGCGAAGGAUGGAGGGCUGAAACUGGAUGGCCGGAAGCUCAAGGUGGACCUGGCGGUGAGCCGGGACGAAGCUGAAAAACUGCGCAGCAAGAAGGUGAAGAAACCGACAGGAACCCGGAACCUCUACCUGGCCAGAGAAGGCUUGAUCCGCGCUGGGACAAAAGCUGCUGAGGGCCUGAGCGCCACUGAUCUCGCCAAGAGAACGCGGUUUGAGGAGCUGAAGUACCAGAAGCUAAAGGACCAGAACAUCUUUGUCUCCAAGACCAGGCUCUGCCUCCACAAUCUCCCGAAGGCGGUGGAUGACCAACAGCUCCGGAAGCUGCUGCUCAGGGCGGCUGGUGGGGGCCGGGCUGUGCACAUCAAGGAGUGUCGGGUGAUGAGGGACCUGAAGGGCGCCGCAGGGAAUCACAAGGGUCAGUCUCUGGGUUACGCCUUUGUGGAGUUCCAGGAGCAUGAGCACGCACUGGCAGCCCUGCGCUACACCAACAACAACCCAGAUAUCUUUGGGCCCCAGAAGAGACCGAUAGUGGAGUUCUCCCUCGAAGACAGCCGGAAACUGAAGGUGAAGGAGAUGCGGGCAGCACGCAACCUGCAAAAAAAGAAAUCCAAACCAGCAGCAGAUGCAUUCCGGAAGGAGCAGCGGAAUCCCGGGAAAGGCAAAUGGCAGAAGGCCGCUGGGAGACACACCAAAGGGCCCAAUAUUCCGUCCCCCAACACUCCCUCGCCAGCGCCCAAAGGGGCGGCGCAGUCCACUUCCUGGGCAGGUUUUCAGACGAAGCCGGAGGUGGAGCAAGUGGAACUGCCAGACGGGAAGAAGCGGAGAAAAGUUCUGAUGCGCCCCUCACACCGAGGGCCAAAAAUCAGGUUACGGGACAAGGGCAAGAUGAAGCCUCUUCCUCCCGCAAAACCCCAGAAGAACCAGCGGCAGCAGGAAAAACAGAGAGCAAAGAAACAGAGAGCAUUGCCCUCCCAGGUGCCUAGGAGAAAGGCCAAGGGUAACCAAUCAGAAGCCCGUUUCAACCAGCUGGUGGAGCAGUACAAGCGAAAAAUAUUAGGGAACCCAAAGGCGGCCCUGGGAAAGAAGAGCAAAUGGUUCGACAGCUAACUGACUCCCCAAGGCCGGAAUGGAGAGGACUGUGCCCACCCACUUUCAGGCUCUGUGCCCCGGUGCUCGGUGUAGAGACCUUUUGCAUCUUUCCCGUUGGGAAGAAAAAUGACUGACUGACGGGACCAUGUCGAAAGGGCCCCUUUGCCAAGCCUCCCCUCACCUGCCACGUUACCUUGAACUGGGCAGUCCUGAACUUCAGCCCCGCUCUCUUGGUCUGGUUGGGCAGCCCCAGAGCAAAAGUCCGGAGGACUCCGAUGCUUCAUGUAUUAAUUAUCCCCAGGGCUGUGGGGCUUUGUCAAUUGAGUCCGGCUUUAGUCUUGUCUCGUGAGCGGAAACCACUGUAAAAACUGUGCUUGGAGGCUGCUUUUUCAGAGGUGCACUUUGAUAAACAUCCUGCUUCAAGAAAGUCACCCUUGGCUUCUAUUUUAAAGAACCACAGUAUCUCACACGCUCAACUCACCUUACUGUUGUAGCAUAUAUUAUUUAAAGCACCAGCCAUGACGUUACUGUUCAGUACCUACCCAUUUCCACCUCCCAGGUUUGUAGGCUGAGGUGGUUUUGGUAUUCUUGGCUCUCGUUUGCUCUAUCCUGGUGGUUGGUUCUAAUAACCACAUGAAUUUCCUUAACACUGACAGUGCAGGCGAUUAGGGUAGGCACUGCCCAUCCCAGCCAGUUGGCCUUCAUCUUUAGUUGGCCUUUAUGGACCACAACAGGAUUCUACAGUCAGUGCUGUCCCUACUCAGAGGAGUUAAGUCCUGCCCUCCCCAGGCUGAAAAAAACUGAGCAGAAAAGCCAGGUGAGUGGAAACAGAUAUUUUGAUUUAUGCACAAUAAAUACAAUACUGGCCUCUUAAAAAUGUGCCACACCCUCACCUAAAGAAAUAACACCGAGCCACCCCAUUAUUUUGCAAGUCUAAACCACGUGACUUUUCCCUUGCUCUUUACCUUAAGCCUUCAGAUUUAGCAGACUUCCCAGGCAUAAUCUGGCUGUGGGUGGAGUUUGCCCUUCAUCGUAGCCGGACCCUAGAUCCACGGCCCUAAAAAGUUUUUCUUUCCUUGAUAUGGGUAGGCCUGGUUACCCCUUCUUCCCUGGAUUUUUUUGGCUUUUGGAGAUCUGAGGGGCAGUCCCUCUCUGAGGGCCAAGUUCCAAUACCUGAUUCUUAGACUGUAAACUCCUUACAGGCAGGGAUUGUGCCUAUCAACUCUCUUGUAUUGUGCUCUCUCAAGCGCUAGUACAGUGCUCUGCACACAGUAAGUGCUCAAUAAAUACCAUCGAUUGAUUGAUUUCCCUUUAAUACGUCUUCUUUGACACCUUUUCUUAUGGUGUCUCCCAGUAAUCCAUCACGGACCUUUCAUCUGUGAAUUUAUAGAAACCCUCUUUGAACUUGGUAAUAUUUUUACCCGCAAAAUUUCCUGUGGUAAUGAAUUCCAAACAGAAAUGUCAGCUGAAUUCUGAUAUUCUAAUAAUUGUGUGCAUCUCCUAUCACUAAAAGAUGCACGUUUCCUUUCACCCUUCUUAUGCUAAUCGACUCAUUCUCCCAAAUAAGUGCUUCUCAUCUGUAUUAUGCACAUCUCAUUACACCCUGAAUGAAUUUGCAUAUCCAGUGUCUUUGCAUCCUGAAACUAUGAGCAUUUCAUUACAGUGCCAGCAAGACAAUGUACUGAAACUAUUAAUAUGCCCGUCUCACAGUAUAUUAUAUUCCUCUUAAUUAUGCCUUAAUAAAUGUGCCCAUUGCAUUGUGACUGAAAGCCUUGAAACUCCUAUUGCACCCUAUUUUAUACAUUUUAUUAUAUCCCAGGAUUACACUGCUAAUGACUGGAUACAUUUUCAUUGAGAGUGUAAUGAAGAGCCCAGGUCUGAGAUGUAGGGAAAUGUGCAUAUUUUUCAGGGUGAUUUGAGAUACAUGUAAUUAGGACAUAAGUAGGUGAUAAUUUGAAUGUAAUGCACCUGCUUGUUUAGAUACUGAUAGGCACUUGCAGUAAUUAUGGGUAGAUAAAUUAUUUUAUGUAUAUAAUAUAUUGAGACAGCUCUGCCACUUGUCUGCUGUGUGACCUUGGGCAAGUCACUUCAA